ACUGAACGGGAGUCAUCAGAUACCUCAGAAAUCAUGGUGGAAUGUCAGAAUGGGAUUUCAGUGGAUUUAUUCCUUCAUUGCACUCUUGUUCCUUCUGUCUUCAUUAUGUUUCUGCUCUCAUUAGUACAGCGGCGAGCGAGGGCUCAGCCUUUUGAGGACCGCUUUCCAUAUCUCAAGGGUAGAUUCGGCAUUGUGGUGCCAUUAGACUUCAUUGGCAGUCUAAGUAACCGAUGGUCUUACGGUUUUGCAUUUGGUGCCAUUGCUCCCAGCGUGAUUCAGCUCUUCUCUGAGUCCUACGCACCAUUUUAUGUGCCUAAUUGGGCUAAAGCCAUUGUGUACUUGAUAGGAGCGAUAGAAGUUGGUGUGGCCUACAUGCCGUUCUUUGCUUGUCUUUCAACACCACACCGAGUGCUAGGAGGGGUUUUAGGUCUUCUCUACACACUCAUGUGGCUCAUUGUGAGACUGUAUGACACGAUAAGCUGUCCUGCUGGAAAGGUUAAUUUAGGUCCUUAUGAGAAACCAAUCAUCCUGUGGCCGUUCUACCUGUGUCUGUUUUUCCUGCUGGGACGGUUUGUUUACAUCAUUGUGAAGGCAGUAAGAAUCCAUCUGAAGCUACAAGCCGAUGAGAAUGAAGAGGAUCUCCAUUCCCAUCAGUUCAGAUAUGUACAAACUCUACUGAGACGUCCUCCUGAAAGCCCACAACCGAAGAGUUGGUUCAGAAGAAAAGUGUACGACUGGGAUCCAUACUUUAAAUUCCCUAACAGAAUGAUUGGCACAUCCAUUAUCUCCUUUAUUGGCUUGUACAUGAUGACACUAGCAGACUACAGAUUGAGCGAGUACACCUUUGACAAACUGGACUCUUUGAAGGACUCACUUGAACAGAUAGCAUUGUCCUGCAAUCAGACUGAGAGUGUGUUCACAUACCUCAUUCCCAGCAUCAAUGAGUUCAGCAUUGUUGCACGAAGGUCUUGGUUGGCGACAACCAUUUUUUCCACGCUGACAUCUGUUACUUACACAUUUCAUGUGCUGGUAUGUUACAGGAAACAUUUGAAGAGGUUGUGGAGGGGACAGAAGUCUUUUCUUCCAGAGAAGUUUCAUAAGCCAAGUCCUGCAGUCAGUGUGGCUGCCAUAACAAGAUAUUCAGGCUGGCAGAUUGCUUUCACUCUGUGGGGGUUUCUGAUAGUUCACUUCGUACAGUUUCUGUUUGCCUUAAUGUUUGUGUAUGGAGUUGUUUUACCAAUCCAGAAAGGACACAUUCUCAGCUGGCUUGCCAAUGUAGGCAUCAUUCUGUUGACAAUAUUUAUAGUGAUAGCUUUGGUGGUCCUGCAGAUUAUUUUGGUCCAAGUGUUUUUCCUGCAGGACAAACUCUCACCUGAAGACAAAGAAAAGCCCCUUGCGAUAAACAAUAGAAAAGCAUUCCACAGCUUCAAUUACUUUUUCUUCUUCUAUAAUGUGAUUAUGGGGUUGAGCAACUGCAUUUUACGCCUUGUGAGCAGCUGCAUUGUGGGAACAUGGCUGGUGUCACGGAUUGAUAGGACCAUCAUGCAACGGGGCUAUGAAUCCAUGGAUCCAGGAUACAGUACAUGGAUAGGAAUGAUUUUUGCUGAUCAUUACCACAGUAACCCAGUUAUGGUGUCUUUCUGCCAUCUGCUGCUUGGCAGAACACUGGAGAAAGGAGGACCUGCAGCGUCUUCCUAUGCAACAUUUAGCAAUAACACAGGGUGUUCAGUAGGGGGCAGAGUACGCCUGCGCUGGCUUGUCCUUACAACACUGCUGAGGAAUCCUUCACUCAUCCUGCUGAGAAAGACAAAGAAACUGCCACAGACCGACAGUCCUGACCCGCUCCUCUUGGCCCGAGCCAUCACCUCACAGGCUCAACAAGCAGAUGCAGUCUGUAACAAAACUGCUGAGACAGAACCAGCACCGCUAGACAUCUGAAAGAGCUGAAGCGUGAACUGGAUCUUGGAGAGCAAGAGUAUCAGGGUUUCUCUCUGUGUAGAGACACUGUGUAGAGAGAGCUUUUUGUCUCCUUUUUGAGGGUCAUUGAUAUACUAUUGCACUACGUUUGGAGAUGUAGACGUUUUGUUUUUGUACAAAGGGUGAAAAUGGUUGAUGGAUUUUCUGGAUGCUAAUUUUUUUGUUCAAUAAAAUGCUCUUGAGAAUGAGAAUCUACUUUAAUGUGCAACUAUGCUCAUCAAGCCGUUAAAAAGUCAUCAGACAAUUGAACUCAGACAAGUCUGCAUUUGGAGAUGCGCCGGAUUCUUGUCAUGAGCUUCUAAUUAUCCUUUUAUAUUUCUUUUGUUUGUAUUUUGUAAUACAAAAUGCACUCUUAAAAUAAAGGGGUUUUAAUGGCAUUUUACAUCUGUGGAAUCCACAAAUAUUUUAGUAUUGGGGGAAAGGUGUGUUUUUGAUUAUGCAAUUGUUUUCACACUCUUUUGUACGUCUGUAUUUGAUGUUACCAUAAUUAUAAUUCAGUUAUUUGAAAUAAAGAAAGAUAGGCCCAUGUCUCUGAAAGGAUUUGGUCAAAUCA